GGUUAUCAUCGACUCAUAACGGUACGACUUCGAGAGUGAAAAUGUUUAAGCGAUUGGUGUGCUGUGCGCUCUUCCUGGCCACGCUGGUCCAGGGUACGAUCUUCGAGCGUCCGUGCCGUACGGAUGUGUCGGUAGUGCAAGACUUCCAGGUCGAGAAGUAUCUCGGGCUGUGGUACGAUCUCGAGCACUAUGAGGCAAGCUUCGAGCAGAACACGGAUUGCGUAACGGCCGAGUACAGUCGCUAUGAGGACGGUUCGAUCCGGGUGUUCAAUUCCGCCGUCCGGCUCACCGAUGGACUGCUGUACGCCGUCGACGGCGUCGCACUGUUGAGCUAUCCGGAAGCGGAGGUCCUUGAGGCCAAGCUGAACGUGUCGUUCUACGGAGCACCGAAUGAUGAAUCCAACUACUGGGUGCUGGAUACGGAUUACGAGAAUUACUCGCUCGUCUGGAGCUGCCAACCGAUCGGCGAGGAACGAUCUCUCGAAUACUACUGGCUACUGUCGCGCACCCCAUCCCUGCCGGAAGAUGGCGAGCUGAGGGAAACAAUCGAAGCGCUCAAGGAGCAGAACGGAAUCGUCGAUGAUGAGCUCAUCAUUACGGAACACUUUGCCGAAGGAUGCAACAACAAGCGCCACAGUGUAUUGUAAAGAAGUGUCACGCUUAAUAUGUAUCAAGUAUAAAGUGGAAAUUAUUACCAAAAGUCAAUAAAAAAAACAGUCACUUAAAAACA